UCAAAUUAUUGAAUUUUGGUUAAAAUGUCAUAAUUUUGUAAUUUAUGUACAGAUUUGAUUUAUACAUUGACAUAACAAGACUCACAGUCUACAAAAACAAACAUAUUGAAUAAUUCAGAUGUGUAGUGAUCUUCUCUGUUUUGACAAAGACUAGAGGUUAGAUAUUUGGCUUGAAACAUUGUGUAGUGGACCUCUAUCAAGAUUUUUCAAAUUAUAGCCCUUGGGUCAAAAUUGGCCCUGCAUGACAGGGAGUCAUUGAUUUUCAAAAACUUAAAAACUCUUCUUCUCUGAAAGUGCAAGGUCUAGAACUUGCAUAUUUUGUGUAGCAUCAUGUUAUGAAACUACAAAAAUUGUUAAAAUUUUGGCCCCGAGGUCAAAAUUUGCCUCGCCCAAGGGGGUCAUUGAUUUUCCUUAUACAUGUAUGUGUAUAGUAAAAAUUAUAAAAUCAUCUUCUCUGAAUUGACAAAGGCUAGAGCUUAGAUAUUUUGCAUGAAACAUUGUGUAGUAGACCUCUACCAAGAUUGUUCAUAUUAUAGUCCUGGGGUCAAAAUUGGCCCAACCUGGGGAUCAUUGGUUUUCAUUAUGUACAUCUAGUAAAAACUUUAAAAAAACUUUCUGAAGAUAUAAGGCUUAGAGCUUUGAUAUUUGGUAAAUGGUAUCAUCUAUAUGUCUUCUAACAAAGUUUUUCUCUAGUGUCAAAAUUGGCCCCGACCCAUGGGGAUCGGUUUCCAUCUACUGUUUCAGUCCAAAUAUCCUGGAAAUUGUUUCAGUCCAAAUAUCCUGGAAAUUGUAGAGAAAGGUUGUUUUGAUGAUUUUUAGGGCAGUUUCAAAUAUGGGUCAUCUGGGGUCGAAAACUAGGUCACACAGCCCAAAUAUGGAAAAACAUCAUUUUACCCUUUAUAGACUACUGUUUUGGUCCAAAUAUCCUGGAAAUUGGUUAGAAAGGUUGUUGCUCAAGUUCGAAUAUGGGUCAUCAUGAGUCAAAAAGUAGGUCAUUCAGCCCAAAUAUUGAAAAACCUUGUUAACACUUUAGAGGCUACUGUUUUGGUCAAAAUAUCCUGGAAAUUGGUCACAAAGGUUGUUUGAAUGAUUUCAGUGCAGGUUUGAAUAAAGAUCAUCUGAGGUCAAAAAAGGUCACAGCACAUGAAUAGGCACAUAUGAAAAUAAUCUUAUUAAUAUUUGCAAUAUUUCAAGUGCAAAUAUGAAUGUUAUGAUAUCAGUUUAAGUUCAUGGCAUUAUAUGUGCCAUUUCAUUCAUUGCUACAAUAUUAAUUCAGAUCCUCAAUAAUCAGGUGAGUGAUAUAAAGGCCAUCAUGGCCCUCUUGUUUUCUAUUAUUUUCUUUUUAAAGAUUUAUUUAAAAUUUGGAAAAAUAAAAAAGUCGAGCGUUGCCUCUGCCCGGCGGUGGCUCUUGUUAAAUGAUAGCAGCAAAGGCAUUGUAUUAUUUGAAGACUUUUACCAUUAUUUUUAGCUUGACUUUCAAAGAAUAUUUCAUGAUAUUGCUACAAUCUUGUCUCCCAUUAUGGUUCCUAUUGCCGGUAAAAAAUUUAUACAAAUUUAAUUUUGCCAUUGUUCAUUGUUAUUUCUUCAUACUUGACCUUUAUUUUCACAAUCAGAUGUUUGAAUCUUGCUUGAUUUUUACUAUAAUUGGCUAUAACUUUGUUAUUUAUGUCUGGAUACUAGUACACAACAGUCCCUUGGAAAAGAUCCUCUAGUUGACCAAAUACCAUGACCUUAAUAAAUUCUCAAUAACCUUGACCUUGAAGGUCAAUGUCUUUGACCUUGAAGGUCAAUGACCUUGACCUUGAAGGUCAAUGACCUUGACCUUGAAGGUCAAGCUAUUGAAUUUGCUUGAUUUUUGUUAGCUCACCUCAGGUCGUCCGUCGUCUGUCCACACUUGUUCGUUAACACUCUAGCGGUCACAUUUUUGCCUCAAUCGUCUUAAAGUAAAACUAAGAUGUUAAGUAAUUUGUAUAUAAACUUGACCUUUAAAUGACCUUGACAGCCAAGGUCAAAUAAUUGAAAUGCUUAAAUUGUCAUAGUUUUGUUAUUUUUUACAGAUUUGAGUUAUACAUUGACAAAUGAACACAUAUAACAAAACUGACAUGUUGAAUAAUUCUGAUAUGCAUAGAUCUAUAACCCUUAAUUGACCUCUGUCAAGGUCAAAUUAUUGAAAUGUGCUUAGAUUGUCAAAAUUUUCUUGUUUUUUUCCUGGAUUUGACUAUGACAAAACUGGCAUGAUGAUGAAUUCAUAUGUGUCCUUGACCUUUGAAUGACCCUGACUGUCAAGGUCAAAUACGAAAUUUGAGUAAUAUAUUGAAUAUGAAAAUAAUGUUUUCUAGGAGUAUUCUUUACUUAUUAAUUCUUCCGCCAAUGUGUUUGACUUUAAAAAUAAGAAAACAGUUGAGCAGGGCCACUGUUAGGUGAUGGCUCUUGCUUUUGUUAAGAACCGCAAGACAAUGCUUCAUUGUAGGCAAAGUGUAUACUACAAUGUACAAGGAAAUUAUAAAGAAGUUAAGAAUUUUCAUAACAUUAUUGUUUAUAAGGAAGAUUUUUUUUGCGGGAUUUUCUGUAUGUGAAGUGAAUAUUUCAUCAGAAGAAUUGCCAAACGGAUUUACCUACAGUUCCACUUGUGACUAAUAAUUGCGUCUCUUAUAUACCCGGUACGUAAUUAAUGAGGUCAGGAAGCUUCCAGGAAAAAGAUCUAUUGUAUUAUCAUCAUAACAGUUCAUGGUCUAUUAUUUCUCUGAAAUUAAUAAAUAAUUUCCUUUUUUUAGAAAGGGCUCACAUGAGUUUCAUAACAUUUAAAUAACAGUUUAAGUGUAAAGGGAAGUAGAGCUGAAAACGAAAUUUAUUUAAUGUAGCAAAAUGUUGACAAGGCCAAAGAAAAGUACUACAUGAUACGUAUCUACUUAUUACCAAAAAAGGCAAAAGAUUGUUCAGCUAAAUUGGUAAUUGACCAAUUAAUAGCUUUUAGGAAACUAAAACAAGACACCGUAAAUAAGCUUUUGAAAAUUGAAAGCAUUUCUGGUAAUAAUGUGGCUUUAAUAGGAAAUUUAAUGUAGGUUUUAUUAAAUUUUGUGGAAAAUGAAAUUAAUGUGACGUGUGUAAAAAUUCAUUGUUUUAAGUUAUUUUUUUCCUUCUAUUGAUACAGAAACAGAAUGUAUUCAAAUUGUAAGGAUGUAAAGAGACACUGCGGGGGUAUAAAUGAUAAAACAAAUAACAACAUAUAUUAUGUGAGGCAUUGCAUUCAAAGAGUAUUCACCUACGGGAAAAACACAAGAAUGUUUCAAGCACCAGAUUACACAGAGGCAGUGUCACUGAAACUAUCAGAAGUUCUUGCUGAUAUAGGCGUGAAUACCAGAAUGAUACUGAAGAGGAGGAGAUCAAUGCUUCUGCUUGAAUCAAUGAUAAACAUGUCUUCUUCAUUUUGUAACAUGCUACAACACUACAUUAUGGGUAGUCAAGUUGAAGGCACAACUACAUUAGGACUAAACUCAGAUAUUGACAGAGUUUUCCGUCUUAAAAUGCACCGUGUGAUACAAGACUGGAGUGACUGGCAACCUGGUGUAAUCAAUCUACUGAUGAUUCAAGAUCAUUCUGUAUCCCCUGGUUACUGUCGACUUCAAGUGUUAAGAUGUGAUGCUCCUCUACCUCUCCCUGAGUGUGGAAUUCCAACCUUCUUUUGGAGAACAGACAGAAUUGGAAGAGUAUGUUUUAGGAAUUCUUUUUUAUCAAUGUUAAUUCUAGAUUUGAAUGGAGUAGUACAACAUGGAGUAGUACAACAUGGUCCAGCAUGUACGUCAGAAGAUGUAGAUGUUGUUCUUGCUUUUACCUGUACAACAUGGCCGCUACAAGCUAGGCAAUGGUUGCACCAACAAAGUGUGGGUCAAUGGCCUACUGAUGAAAUCAAACAAUACUGCUGUAGUUCUGAUUGUUUUCUUGUUGGAGUUGGUGGUCAACAUGGCAGUGAAAAUGAAGAUCUUGAAUGGAGGAUAUCAACAUGUUUAGCUGAAAGGUGUUUAAUGUACAACCUAAACAUUACACAGAUUCGCUGCUAUGUCCUGAUGAAAAUGAUAACAAAAACAUUCAUAGAUCCAUUGUUUAAUGAUGUGAUUUCUAGUUACAUGUGUAAGACAGUUUUGUUCCACUGUAUUGAAAAUACCCAGUCUAUUAUCUGGCAGGAAAGGAACUUAAUUGUAUGUUUAUCGUUAUGUAUUCAUUAUUUGUACACUAACAUUCUUAAUGAAAAUUGUCCACAUUUUUUCAUACCUGGAAACAACUUGAUGAGAGGGAAGAUAACACCUGAAGUCAAACCUGUCAUACUGGAUAUACUUCAGCAUAUCAUCAACAGUAAUGGGGUAGCACUACUAGGAAUCAAGUGUGAUGAUCUUGGUUCAAGGCUUCAGCUCAAGUUCAACAAUAUACUAAUAUGCCCAUUCAGAACAUGUGAAGAUAUUUCAAAGAAACUUCUAAAAUACGUAACUGGUGUUGCGUUACAUGUAUAUGAAGGGUCUCUAUACUUUGGUUCUCAUUAUAAUAGGGAACCAAUACAAGUAUUAAACAUGUUAAAGCAGAUCAUUUCUGACCUAGUUAGUCUUCAAUGUCAUGGGCUAGACAAGACAGCUCGCAAUAUUGUAGCACCAAAGUUCUGUACAAAAUUAGGAUCUGUUUUAGCUUCUUUCGACAUACAACAGUAUAAUACAAUAUCAGCUGAGGCUCUCAAAUGGAUCUCCCUGGGUCUAAACACUGAUGUUGCAUCUAGUAAACUCAAACUUGCUUCAAUGCUAUACUGUACAGGGCAGUUUCGAAGAGCCGAAAUUGUUCUCUGUGAUAUUGAAAGGCAUUAUGACCUUAAAACUGUUGAGCCUCUUUGUUCAAAUGUAUAUGUUGGAGACACAAGAGCACAAGCUUUCAAUGCAGAAUGUGAUUUACAAAUUGAAGAAGCAAUGAAAUGCAUAUUCGCAAACUGUGUACAAUUUUGGCCAUGUGAAGUCUAUUGUUGUCCAAAGGAAUUAAGACAGGAAAUGUUUCGAUCUACAGAAGAGGACAAAGCUUUCAGAACAAUAGACGACAUGUGGAUGGACACUGCUGAAGUGGAUUCUCUAACUUUCCUCUACUUUCUACAGUACAAGAUAUACAGCCAUCUCAACAAACAAGAAGAUAAACGCGUGGCACUCUCUAAACUUACCAGAACCAUUGAACAAGAACCAAGAUUAGCUCACGAGGAAACAGCCUUGAAUUUAUUGGGGCAGUGCAUGGAACAGGAACACAGACCUAUAAAUGCAUUACAGUGUUAUUCCCUGUCAUUGAAUGUAAGGAGGAGAAACAAUGCUGCAAAGAUUCAUAUCUGCAGACUUUUGAGUACAUUUGUACAUAGCAGAUAGUUAAAACCUAUACAGUCAUGUAUCAAUAAGGACAAUAAAUGGUUUAGGUUUAUUUAACCACUAUCAUUCUGUACUUCAUACACCAGUAUGGAAGAUUAAAGGCACAUUAUGCCUAAGAAACGAUUAUUAUUUUCCUUCUUGAGAAAGGGCACAUAUGAGUUUUACAAUGUUUAAAUAAUGGUUUAUGAGCAUGUUUGAUGUUUGUUACCUGAAUGAAAUAGCGUGUAAUGUAAAACAACUUGUCAUAAAAGUAGCAAAAUGUAAACAAAGUUGUAUAUUGACUUCCAUACUGAAUGCUAAAGAAGCAAAAAAAUGGAUCAGAUUCUAGUAAAUGGCUUAUUAGUAAUUUCUUUUGGAAACUUUGACAGGACAUAAAAAAUAAGAAGCUUUUGAGACAUGAAAAUGAAAGCAUUUUAAGGUCAUAAUGGGCCUUUAACUUUGAUAGUUUUUUAUGGCCAAGUGGUAUAAGUACCAGUUUCACAAUGACAAUAACAAUACAAUCCUUGUUUUAAAGUAUCAAAUUCAGUGAAAUAAUAAUAUGAGCCGCGUCAUGACAAAAUCAACAUAAUGCUUUGCGACCAGCAUGGAUCCAGACCAGCCUGCGCAUCCGCUUACCAACCCUUUUACAAGUAGAGAAAAUAAUAGCGAACAGCAUGGAUCCUGAUCAGACUGCGCGGAUACGCAGGCUGGUCUGGAUCCACGCUGGUCGCAAACCCAUUAUGUUGGUUUUGUCGUGAUGCGGCUCAUAUGAUACGUACAUACUUAGUGAUAAACAGGAGAAGCAGAUAAUUCAUAUGUGAUAUGAAACUAUUCAAAUACAAGUCAAUCACAGUGAACAUUUAUUUUAUAGCAUCUUUUUCAUUUAUUAAUUUAAAUGCAAAAUAUGAAAAGAAAACAUAUUGUACAGCAAAAUAAAUGUUUUUUAGAAAAAGCUAUCAAUCAUGUCAGUGCAUGUAUUUAUAUAUAUAACUUUGUAAGAUUUAUUACUAUGAAAAUAAAAUUCAAUAUGUACAUUGUAUUUCUUUCUUUUAUACCUUUAUAAUUACCGGUAUGAUGUAUGACAUUUCAUCUAAUAAGUUCCUAGAAAGUUAGAAAUACAGUAAUGUUCUAUGUUAAGAUAUGGUUUCCAAUAUUUAGGCU